AUGCCUGGCCGUUGGGAGCGAGGAUUUUCUCGAGACUCUGCAGAAGUCUACGGGGACGGCACGUAUGGCGGAUUGAACACGAGCAGGUCGACAGACUCUGGUCUCAGACUGGACGUGAGGUCGCAUUGGAUGGAGUCGAAGUUCACUGUGGCUGCGUUUUUCGCGUUUGUGGCCAUUGCGGUCUGGCAGCAAUGUGGAUUUAUAUCUGUCGCUAUGAGAAAUGCAUUUUCCAAUAUAUGUUGGUUCAGAAAAGUAGACACGAUCCCUGACCCUGUUCCGAGCUCAACCACGAAUCGGGGCUUAUUAUCUGCGAUCUUUGCUCCAAUUUCUUCAAACAGGUCCAGGAGCAAGAACGAGUCCUCCGCCGGCUCGUAUAUUUUACCGUAG